UAGCCCCGAUCCGCUCCUGUCGUUGUCGCUGUUUUUGUUGGUGUCGUUGUUGUCGUCGUCGCGCCGGCGACGAGAGAGCCUGCUCAUCAGCUGCGACAUCAAAACCGUUGAGGCUUAUGGAUUCGCCGGCGUCCUCGAGGAUCGACGCCCCAUCGGAAAAUCCGGAGGCUCGAAUCCUCCGCGCUCUCGUUUGAGGAAAUAUUCGACCCGCUGCGCGCUCCGUUGAACGAACGCACUUCCGGCCAACUUUGAGACUCGCGCCGGGACUCCGAGGAUUCCAAGUCGGGAUCGAGCACGAGGAAGAGGAAGAAAUAGCCGCACCGAGACGGUGUUCGACGAAUGCCAAACCCCGAGUUUGAUGAGAUAAUCGAAGUCGAUUCAGUCACCAUUGCCAAUAAUCGCAACGAAUAUUUACUCGUAAACAGAAAAGUGAUUGUCGGGGAGUUAUACGCGAGGUGAAAAAGGGCGCAUAGGAACAUUGGAAUCGAUCGUGUUAGUAUUUCGUAGCGGGUAUGACGGCAAAGUCAGGAGGUUCAUUAGAUUUUGCCGCGGAGUAGUUGCACGCAUUUAUUAUUUGACGAGUGUUCCGGUGCGCGCGUGCGUGCCAUCGGAAUAAAAAAGUGUGAAAAUACUUCGGACAAAUGCAGACCUCAGCAGCGACGUAUUAAACGCGCUCUUCGCGAAGACAAAACGCGAAGAAUAAUAAUAACAAUCGAGAGGCAAAGCAUCCUGAAAACGCCCUCAGACGACGCGAGCAUUUUUUAAAUCGAUCAAAAUGUCGCGCAUCUGCGUUGUAACGAGAGGUAAAUCCAGCCUCGUAUCCGUCAAAUACCGCCGAAGAAUACAGUCCUGGAUGCUGAGCAUCGUUCCGAUGUUCUUCAUACUAGUCACACUGCCCCAUGAAAUACACUGUGGUCGCCACGAGAAGCAACUACUCAAUAAUUUACUAGCUAAUUACAACAUCCUGGAACGACCAGUCGCCAACGAGAGCGAACCCCUCGAGGUCAAAUUCGGCAUAACUCUUCAACAAAUAAUCGACGUGGACGAGAAGAACCAGAUACUGACUACGAAUGCGUGGCUGAAAUUGGAAUGGAACGACUACAAUCUCCAAUGGAACGAGACCGAAUACGGUGGAAUAAAAGGUCUCCGAAUAACUCCAAACAGGCUUUGGAAACCGGACGUUCUCAUGUAUAACAGUGCGGAUGAGGGUUUUGACGGGACGUACCAAACAAACGUGGUGGUCACGCAUAACGGCAGUUGCCUGUACGUCCCCCCGGGCAUCUUCAAGAGCACAUGCAAGAUAGACAUCACUUGGUUCCCCUUUGACGACCAACACUGUGACAUGAAGUUCGGAUCCUGGACCUACGACGGCAACCAGCUUGAUCUGGUACUCAACUCGGAGGAGGGCGGUGACUUGUCUGAUUUCAUCACGAACGGAGAAUGGUACCUCAUCGGUAUGCCGGGCAAAAAGAAUACGAUUAAUUAUCAGUGUUGCCCGGAGCCUUACGUCGACGUUACCUUCACGAUACAGAUUCGCAGGCGAACCCUGUAUUAUUUCUUCAAUCUCAUUGUGCCCUGUGUACUUAUAUCGAGUAUGGCACUGCUCGGCUUCACCCUCCCACCGGACUCCGGCGAGAAGCUCACCUUAGGAGUGACCAUCUUGCUAUCGCUGACGGUGUUCCUGAAUCUCGUCGCCGAGACCCUGCCCCAGGUCUCCGAUGCGAUACCCUUGUUAGGAACGUACUUCAACUGCAUCAUGUUCAUGGUCGCGAGUAGCGUCGUACUCACGGUCCUCGUGCUCAAUUAUCAUCACAGAACUGCCGAUAUUCACGAGAUGCCGCCAUGGAUAAAAACGGUGUUCCUACAAUGGUUACCUUGGAUACUGGGCAUGUGUAGGCCCGGUAAAAAGAUAACGAGAAAAAGUAUCAUGAAGAGUCACAGAAUGAGAGAGCUCGAGCUCCAGGAACGAAGUAGCAAGAGCUUAUUGGCCAAUGUUCUCGACAUCAACGACGAUUAUCGUCACGUGAACGCAUCAACGAAUUCAGCACAGGGCUACAUACGUUCGAGAGAGUGCCCAUUUAGCAGUAGGUCGACGUACGGUACACCAGUCGCUGGUCGGCCGGCAACGGUCGAAGAAACCUCGGCGUCCUUGCCACUGAAUGGUACGCAGAGAGAACUCCAGACGAUUCUGAAGGAGCUUCAAUUCAUCACGAAUCGUAUGAAGAAAGCCGACCUCGAUUCGGAAGUGAUAAGCGACUGGAAGUUCGCGGCGAUGGUCAUCGACAGGUUUUGCUUGAUCUCGUUCACGCUGUUCACGGUGAUCGCGACGGUAGCUGUGCUAUUCUCAGCGCCACACAUAAUCGUCCAGUAGUAGACUGCCCAAGCCCAGCAGCCAUCGAACAACGCUACCGAAAACACGACGACCGCCUCUUCCUGAUUCUAGAAAGGAAGAUGACGGCGUCAGAAACAUCGAGGUAGCGGCUGUGCAACAAUAUUAGUGUUAGUGGAUUAGAUUGCUGGUGGUUAUUAGCACACCACCAGUGGCAAGCAGGAGCAGCAGUUAAUUAGAAGUCUCACGACGAUCAACAAUCACCAGAAUAUCGAAAGGGAAAAAAACGAAACCGAAAAAUAGUAAAACGGAGCAAAACCGAAACGAGGCUCAGGAGAGUGAGAGGUGUUCGGGUAACGAAGGUUAAAAAGGAAGCUCCUCUGGAGCGGAGGGGACGCUCGUUUCGUAAAACUACGAAGAAACGCCUUGAAUCGACCACGAAAUGAUAAAAUCUCCAAAUCUUUCAACCUUUAUCGACCUUUCUACGCAAUUCUACUCGUUAACGACAUGCGAACGACUGUAAACAAUCGUCCGAGGUCCGGCAAGAUUGACUUCACGCACUAUACCUAAAUCUGUAUAUCAAAUACACCAACUAAAACGAAAUAACGGAGGAGCAAGAGGAGCCAAAAACUGUAUGAAUCACCAGGAUAAAUUUAGGGAGAGCGCUUUACGCCACUGGGAUUUUUCUCUUAAGUUAAUUCGCGAUGCUUUGCGCCUUUUCCUCCUUAAAUAAUGGGCACUUCCGGCCCUCUCGAGGGUGGGGAGGUGCGCGUCGCUUGUGCAUUUUGUUGUGCGACGCUGGCCAUGAGAUUUUUCAUUUCCGAUGUCAUUAAGCACGCAAGUGCCUAUAGAUUGAAUCGCGAAGCGCAAAGUGACUUUAUUCAAAUUGCAAAUCUUAAGUGGACCCUUUUGAGCUCCUACCCGAUGGCGUUAGCGUUGCAGCUCCGCGUUUUCCUCACGUUUGUCUCCCCACGAAAUUAUCUCCCCAAAGGAAUAAUGUCGCGAUCGAGGAAUAUCGAUAAUCGAAAAGUUUUAAAGAAAUACGAAACAAAAGUAGCGUUUAUAGCGCAUUUUAAACACGUGCGCUUUGGUUUUUUCUUUUUUUUUUCAAUUUGUUUUUUUUUUCUUUUUUCAUUUGUGUGUAUGUACGAAAACGAAGAGCUCACAAAGAAAUCGAAACUGCCACUGGCGAGUUCGCUAUAAAAUAUAUAUAAAAACAAAUCAAAUUGCAUUUCAUGGGGACGAGGCGUGUGUCAGCUCAUCUCGUUUUAAUGCCAAACGAAAAAUAACAAUAAACAAAGAAUAAGGAGUAUAAAGAUGAUAUUUUGACGUUUCCAAUUAAAGCAUCGUACGUGUCUCGUUGUCUUUCGACAACGAGGAGUGCGGCAAUACGACUUUUGGAACGACGACGCGGUUACGAGACGUCGCUGCUUCUUGCUUCCUUUGAUCUCGUCGGUUCGUACACUGGAACGAGCUCGUGUGACAAUUCCAUUAGAGUUACGUAUAUCUUUCUUUGUAUUCGUUUGAAAGUUGGAGCCGACGGUGAAGUUUGUUUUUACCGCACGAGAAGCCCCCCUCCCCCCGCCCCCCCGAGACGCCACAAAUUUCCUAAUGAAUUGAUGCUUUUAAACGAAUGAAAUGAGUUCAACGCGAUAAAGUUUUUUCGCGGAUUCGGGAUAUUUUUUGGUCAAUCAACGUCGUCGCAUCGUGUCACUAUGGAGAGCCCCGCGGGGAGCAGGCUCUGACUUCUCUCGCUGUUGUCCAUCAUAUAAUUCGAUAGGAAGGCUUCACGUGUAAUUUGCCGUUGACGAGAGCCGCCGCCGCGUUCCCUCUCAUUUCGCUGACAUAAGUCGAUUAAAAAAAUAUGACGAGGAAGAAAAAGGGCGAAAAAAAUAGCGUUCGGAUAUUGGCAUGAGAUUGCCGAUCGAUAGCUCUUAUUCGCUUCGCUUUAAUUUCAAUUAACGCGCGCCCAGCCCUCUCAACUGUCAUUCGGGGGAGGGGGAGAAAAAAAGGAAAAAGUUUGCGCGACUUUUCUGCUCUCGACGCUCGCACGCAUUUCAUUCACCCUCUUUGUGCUACCACUCGCGCAUUUCCCCCGCCAGAGUUCACUUACGCUUCUUUAUCCUUAUUGAAGACUAUUGAAAAUGGGAAUUUCAUUAGACCAAUCGUAAUUCGAUUUAUUAUUUUUAUCGAUGUGUCGCGAGCCGCGUUCACGAUAACGGUGAAGGAGAAAGUUUCGUCAGAGCAAACGCGCUCGGAGAAUCGGAGAGAAUGAAAAACUCCGCGUAUUCAAGUAUCUCGGUGAUUAAGCAACUUUUCAUUAAUCGAGAUUGAGACACACGUUUUUCCACAUUUUUAUUCAACUUUCAAAGACGAAGAUUCCUCUUCGCCUUAAAUUUACUUCGGCAUCGAAGCAGCUGAAAAAUGUGACUGCUCGCGUCGUUCCAAAAGUCCUGCGGGUCCAAAUGCCACUUUUCUCCAUUUCUCACGCAAUAACAACCCAUUUUCUCAGUCUCUAUCUCUCUCACUCUCACUCUCACUCUCACUCUCUUUCGCUGUAACGAGGAUAAAAGGAAAGACGAGAAAAAAAAAAGGUGGAAAGGAAAGAGUUGUUUCGUAGUGCCACGGCGGGACGUCGAUGAAUCGAGAAAAUAAGUCGAGAAUGAGAAAAAUAUGCUGCAGCCUGAAUAACGUUAAAUAACAACGAUAAUCCACCCUCUCUACGAAGAAGAGUUUUUAAUAUCACAUACACACAAAUGUAGUGACACAGUUGUAAUCGCGUGCGCUGGGCUUGAAGCUAAAUUUAGCUCGUAAUCAUUUAUCCGCUUCUGCGGCGAGACUUUUACGAUUGUGCGCUUUUAUCUCAUCACAUAAUUUUAUCACAUGAUUGUAACAUUAUGUAUGGACACACACACACACACACACACACAUACACAUUUCGAUCUUGUGGGAGGAGAAAAAGUCGGAGCUUUUUUUAUCGCGUAAGUUUUCGUGGCUGAGAUUGGAGCGCCAAUCGUAAGAGUUCUCCAAACGUUAUAGAAAAACGUUUUUAAUUCCACGGAUGUAUGCUAAAGUGUUCCAAAUUAAUUGAGGUACAAUACAGCCAAAGUGAAGAGAAAAAAUGAAAUAAAAUAAAAAUAAAUACGAGAAAAUGAAAGAUGAAGAAGCAAAUAUCUCGAAUAAAUAAUUGACAUAGACGAGUACGAAAGUAUCCCGAGGCGUGAUGGGACGAAGAAUAAAAAGUUUAAACAAUAACGUGGAUGAGUCUUCGACGAGGGAAUAAACGUCUAUUCGAAACGAAAGAUUGAAAUAUUGCAAUUCAUUUGAAUCGUCACUCUCAUUGCGCAUUAUGAAUAAACAGCAGAACAUCCAUACACACGUAAAUCGUAAUUUUCAUUCAUAUAUUAUUAAUAGAAAAUCAAACAACAUUAAUUUAGGCCAUGUGGAGCGAGAAAUUUCGAGUUUUGCGUUGAUCCUCGUUGGGUCGUCGGAUCGCGGCAGGUUUUUCGGUGAUCGGUGUAGAUGACUCGGAAUCAAAGUUACUUUUGUUGCCUCGAAACUUGGGCCGAAUUGAAUCCGUUAUGGAGAGAUGAAAAAAGCAUUUUAAUGGAGGUUCGAUUAAUUGACACUCGAGCUGGAACGAGCUGCGUGGAGAAUAUAAAUCGCGCGUCAAAGUCGCUCGCUCUUUUCAGGUAGUUUUUCAGAAUUCAUUUUCUGUCGGUGAAUACAUUGAAAAGAGCAACCUCAUCUUCGACGUAAACGUCGCCGAAUUUUUCGCCUUUACGACAAAACUUUUAUCCCUCGCGCGCGCAUUUUUACAAAAGAGUACGUAAAAACGAGGGUGGAAGGAGCAUAGGAAGAAAAAAGGGGAAAUUGUGACGGGUGACGUAGUCGAGUCGCGAUGAAAGACGAUAAUAAUUGCGGCGUACCAAAAGGCAAAAAGUCCGAGGGAGAUCACAGAGGAACGAGUCCUCGGGGAAAUUCGUAAAGUUCGCGUACAUAUAAUACGAAAACGGGUCGUUCUACCCGAGUUUCUGCCAGUUUCGAUGCUCGUAAAACUCCUCCUCACCCUUGGUGGUAAGGUGAACACUUGAGGAAAACCAUGCUAACCCAUUGCCAGAAACUUUCAAACUCCUUCGAGUAUACCGCGCCCGCGUGCGAGUUCUCAAUUUACGUUUUAUCCCAACGUUUUCCCCUUUCUAUCGAAUAUAUCAGAUUCUCCGAUCACUUUAAGAUUUCUCUCGUGCGACAAUGUUAAAAAUGUGGGAUCGAGUGACAAAACGUUUACGAGUUCGCGGUAUCGAGCCCCCGAAUAUGCUCACGGGCAUAUUUGAUACAUUCCCGAAAACCCCAAACUCCCACAAAUCGUUUGAUUUCGAAUCGAAGUGGAAAAAAAAAUAAAAAUAAAUAAACCCCCCCCCCCCCCCCGCAACGGGGAGCCGUUACGCAGAGAAGUAUUUCCGUUCCCGUCGAGCCAAUAAUUCCGCAUUCCCCCAUCGAGUGCGUCGAACCCUUUCGUUUUAUACCCCCCCGAUUUAUUUCCGCUUUCGAUAUCCUUCCGCCCUGAAAAACCUAUAAAUCAAGAAUUAUAUACCUGCGAAUAAGGUGCUUUAAAUUCUGAGCACGAUGGGCCCCUCGCCGCGAGAAAUUGCGAAUAAAUCCAGCCACCAAUGAGCCUCUCGAAAUCUCCAGUAAUUGGCAAAUAUAUCAGACUCUUUUUGUAGCCGCUAGUUCAAGAGCCAAGCCUUAUUUUUCGAUAAUUGCUCUCUCCCCGGGCAUCAACAACGUUGAUAAAUGCGUCAUACCUUUAACGAGUUUUGGCCGACGAUUCCCCGAUAAUAUAUUUUUCAAAUAUUCCCUGUUCCUCGGGCACAAUUUUUCUCCUUUUUUCUCACAAUCCCAAACUACGAGAACAUUAGAACGAAAAUAAGAGCGGCUACUCCCCCUUCCCCGUUAAAUUGCCACUCGCGAUUAUGCCUGCUGAUCGAACGAGGAUCAACGUGAAAGAAAAUUCAGACAAGGUCCUGUUAAUAUUAUAAAUAAAAUAAAUAUCGUAUAUGAAUAAAAAUACACAUAAAUGUGUCUGUAUUUAUAUGUAUAUAUAUAGAAUAUAUAUAUAUAUAUAUAUAUACAAGUAAAUACACACGAGGAUAUAUAAACACGAGGUAAUGUAAGAUAAACGAGAAACCGCUAAAAUGAACAAUAUAAAAAUGAAUAAAAACAAAAAUCGAGCGUUAAACUAUUGGAUAAUAUGAUGAAAAGAAUGAAGAAGAAGGUGAAGAGGAAGAAGAAGAAGAAGAAGAAGAAGAAAAGUAAACAAAAGAGGAAAAAAGCACACUGUUAAUGAAUUGUAAUAUUGACUAAUUAAUUAACGAACUAAACACAAAGGAAUUGAAUUAGGUUACUCGGGAAAACGCGCGUCGUCCGAUCCCAAUAUUUGUCUCUAAAUAUUCCUAAUUAUUAUACGUAAUAUUUGCGAAAAUACAAAAGAAAGAGAAACAAGUAAAGUGAAAGAUUUAAUUUUAAAUAAACUGAUCGGGACGAAUUGAGAGGAAAAAAAUAAAAACAAACAAACCCAAAGGAAUAAUGAAGUAAAAAAUAUCGUGAAAAAAUCGGAGUUUUAAUAUUUCAUAAUAAAAAGAACAAACGCGUAGAAAUUAAAGGGAGGAUUAAGAGAACAAAACAAAAAACAAGAAGAAGAAUGAAGAGAGAUGCAAAGUCAAUCAGGGCUAGAAACGUGUGGGGACCCCCCUGGCGUGCGACGAAGUCGAUGCGCGAAAAAUGAGAGAAUUCGCUGCGCGCUUCGCGCCCGUUAUUUCGUCGCUCAAGACGUUUUUCACGCACGCUUUUCGAAAUAUUCUGCCAAAUAAAUUUGAUAAAAUGAAAAUCGGUUGAAAAAAAAAAAAAGAAAAAAACAAAAACAAAUUAAAUCUAUAUUGACAGCGCGCGUUAAUCAAUGCAAAGGUCUCUCGUUGUCACAGGAAUUCAAAUAAACACGGUAUUGCGCGUAUAAUAUUCACGAUAAUAAUAAUAAUAAUAAUAAUAAUAAUAAUAAUAACCUGAUCGAGGAACAAUGUCUUGGGAUAUGAUAAUGUUUUUUCAAAAACUAACACUCAAUCGAUUGCCAUAUGAAUUUGAUAAUUUUGCAGAGCACCCAGAAAAAAUGAACUCACACACUCUCUCUCUCUCUCUCACACUCUUUCUCUCUCUCUCUCACUCUCUCUAUAGAUAUACCGCUAAUUGUAUACCGACGCACUCAUCAAAUCGCCAUCCUGACGACCGAAUCCAUUUCCUUAGAUAAACAAUUAAAAAAUUGAUGCCCAACAACGCAUGAGAAUUGUCUCGUGUCGUAGUUAAGGAUAAAAAAGUUUUUAAAUAACCAAAAAGCCGCGGGAUAUGCUCAAAAUGUAGAGGAAUACACUUUCUCGUACAUGUUAUUGUAUAUUUAAAAAAAAAAAAAAAAAGAGAGAAAGAAAACGUUCAUUUAGGAUGAACACUAAUAAAAGAUAUUAAAAAAAAAAUAAAAAAACAAACAAACAAAAAAAAAACAAAAAAAAACAAGAAAACAAAAAUAUAUAUAAAAAUAAGAAAAAAAUAUGUUGCAAUAUUAAGGACUGAAAGGACCGUUGAUAAUGACUGAACGAAUAUAUAUGCAUAUAUGAGUGCCCACGUGUUGAACUGUUUGUGAAUAAAUAUAUGAAAAGAAAGAAAAAAAAAAUACAAACAAAAAACCAAAAUGAAAAAAAAAAAAGGGAAAAAAUGUUGUACGAGUGUGUCGAAGAAUCGAGAUGACAGAAUGAUCGAAUAGUUGAAUCGUAAUACGUAAUAAAAUGGAAUUUAAUAAUAAAUGAAUAAAAGAAAAAGAAAGAAGGAAAAAAAGGUACGAGCGAAAGAUCGAGGAUCGUGGAGAAAUAUACGAGUGUAGAACUUACGUUAAGAUUGAUAAAAAAAAAAAACAAACGGGACAAGAGUUUAAAGGGGGUCAGGAAAUUCGUCUUAUCCGUCCCUUGAGAGACCACGAUCCGAAACAGACUAAUAAUUAAAUAAAUUUAUUAAAACGACAACCAAGAAAUGAAUGGAGUUGAGCCUGGUGGUGUCUCGUUUGGAGUCUUGAUUCACUCGGGGAUUUCAUGUUUCCUUGUUUUUUUUUUUUUUUUCUCCCUUCUUCAUUCAACAUUUUAUCGUUUAUUAACUAAAAAUAUUUUGUUUCACAGCCACGAAAUGGAAUGUUUUUUUAUUCCAAUAACAAUUCGAACCGUUAAUUGGGGUAAAUUGUAAUGGAAAACCAAAUGAGAGAGCACAAAUCCGCGUUAGUGAAUCAGAGUUCCAAAGAUCGAGUAACGUAUGCAUUAAAAUUGAGUAAUUAAAGACCGCAGUAAAAUGCACAUCGAGCUUUGACUCGGAUAAAUAUACAAUAAUGCGAUGAAUUUAAAGUACCGUUAAAGAUUAAUAACGAUAUUAGAUAAAAUGAAAUAGCCGCGUCGCUCGUAAGAGCGAUUCCCGACGAAAAUAUCGAGACUCGCAAGACGUCAAGGAAAUCCUACGCGUAGAUAAAAAUUCUUCUUCUUUUUUAUUAUUUCGAAAAAGAUAAAGACAAAAGCUCGAGAAUCGAUCCUACGUGCGACGCAAGGCGUCUGUACACUCUUUAUCAUUUGUAUUCAAAGUUUACACAAAUUUUAUCCGACAAGUUUUAUCGUAUACUUUACAACAACAGCAACAACAAAACUUUUAUUCUACUACCUUGUACAUGGGACAGGAGGGAGUCGCCCAGCGUCAAAAAGCCGGAAACUAUCGCGGAGGGUAGGUCGCGCCAGUACGCGAAGGCGUGCAUUCAUUCGAAUGUGAAAAAAGGGCCCCCGUGGUGGGGCCGGGGAAGAGAAAAUAAAAAGCUACAAUAAGCCAAAUGUACGACGAGAUUCCAUUAGUCGCGCACACUCGUUUCUAAACCUACCCCCCACGAUCGAAAUUAAAAAUUUUAAAAUUAAAAAAAAAAAAAAAAAAAAAAAAAAGAUAGAGAGAAAGAAAAAAGAAGAAAAGUGAAGAUUUGCGGAACAAACGAAAACAAAGCUAAUAACGAAGCCAAGAUGGAGAAUUGAUAAAGAAACACGAAAGCAGGUACGGCGACGUAUAACAAAUUGUAUAUUUUGCGCCAACUCGUUUCAAUCCUCACACGCGAAAAUAUGUAUAAUUAUAUAGGGAGCAGCACAAGUUUUUUUGGGUCAAGGGAUAACGCGUGUCUGGACAACGAAUACGCCUCGAGUUUUCCCGCCUCACAAAUAUGUAAGUUUUCCUCCUCGAGCUUCGUACUUGUAAUAUCAAAAUUUUUAUAAUAUACACAAGCCACACACGCUCACACAGACGCACACUAAGAAAUAUUUAUCUAUAUGUACGUAUGAGGCGUAUGCGAUAAUCAGCAUAUUCGCGCGAGCUACGAAUAACCUCCUUAAAGCCCCAAUAUUUUCCUUGCAUUACGAGCGUUCAAUGGACCGCGAGACUCGCGAGUUUAUCCUGCCAGAUGAAAAAGCCAAAGGAGCCGGUUAACGGAGCGGCGAAUCUCGAAUUAUUGAAAAUUGGCAUUUCACACGCGCAUUUAACGUUAUCCGCAGCUGCCCUCGUUAUUCUUAAGUUUUUUAAUUAUCCGCAAGUACAAGGUUGAGCGUUCGUUAGCCGGAUGAACAAAACUCGGGGAAAAAAACAAUCUCGAAGCCGCUACCCUCCUUAACGACGCAUUCGUUUCCUCUCGUGCUUUAUAUAUACUCCAGAAAAUCCGAAACUACUCCGCGAACGACCAUUACCUGAUAUAGCCUAAGAUCGCUCAACACACACACACACACACACGCACACACACACACACACACACGCUUAUCUUCGCGCGUUGCCGGAAAUUGCAUGGAUAUUUUUGUAUCGUUGAAACACACUCGAAUCUAAGUCGCUUAUCUCCAUCGUCGCGCCUCCUUUUCAGAACCCCCCCGGUGCUCCGUCGCAAAUUUACGUAUUCGCGAGCCAACGCACACUCACACGGACACAUACACACACGCGCACACAGCAUAACCGCAGCCCAAAGAAACUGUUGCUUCCGAAUAAGAGACGAAGGACGACUUUGCCGCGAUAAUAUGUAAUAUGCCAAUAAGAGUUAUAUUUAUAUUGAUAAUGUUCACCGUUAUUUAUCGCGUUAUUUAUCAAUAUUAUUAAAGAGACAAGAUUCUAUUCGAGAGAUUUGAGGAAAAUUUUAUUAAUCGCAGCUUCGUUUCUCCGCGCGCGUUGACGAUCGAUAAAAGAGCUGUUUGAAAUAACGAUUGCUUGUACAUAAACCAAUAAGGAGAGUCGCUUUGCAGGGCUGCGAAACGAUCUCGAUUUUCUCAGCAAUAGAAUAACGACACGUUUGUUGCACAAGUUCGGAGAAACGUAACAACGAGAGCGAAUUCUUUCAAUAAAUAUAUUUACGAUAAAAGUGCUUAAUCUCCGUUGUUGUUUGAAAUAAAAUUACGUUGUUGUUGCUGUGAUCGCUGUUUCUCGCAAAUCGUUUAGUUCGUCGUUAUUGACCAACGAUCGAAUCAACGAACAUUAUCACAAAUGCACAUUGAACGUGUGUACAAACAUAUAGAUUUAUCUACAGAGCAAAGCAAGCGACGAGGCGGCGGUAAGGGUUGAGGAGGGUCGGGAGUAGAAAGAGGAUGAAAUUUUUAAAUAUCGGGCGGAGUCGUCGUUGGUCGAAAAAUUUUUUAACUACCUACAUACGAUUGCGUAUAUUGAUUAUUCAAAAGAAUUUGAAACAAUUAAACACGGGAAAUUAUGAUAAUCACUUUUGUAUUUUUACGUAAAAUAACCAUGACCUAGAAAUAAUAAUUAACGAUAAUACGUAAGAUAUUAAAAAGCCAAACAAACAAAAAAGGGAUGAGGAGAGUCGAUAAAGCGAUUAAAAUAAGCCAAGCGCGCGGUGUGGGUGAGAAGAAGGGAAACCGAAAACACACAAUAAAAGGCAAAACGCAAAAACGACAUGUUACUGCGUAACUUUUCAUACGAGAGUGUUGCCUUGCGAGUGCGUGCGUGCGUGCGUGCGUGCGUGUGUUUGCGUGCGUGAAAGUCGUGCGAGAUAUGACACACACAAGAUUAAACGUAAGAGUGCGACGAUGCGAUUAUAUUGUUUAAGAAAAAACGGGGUGAGAAAAAACGCAGAAAAAAAAAAAGCAAACAAACAUAAGAAAUUGUUUCCGUAAGUGUAAUUGAGGAGUCGAGGGUGAGUGGCCUGCUUUGUAACGAGUAUAUUUGUAAAUGCAACCAUGCCGUUGCCUCGAGUCGACGCGAUUCGGCCGAUUCCAAUGCAAAUAUCGCGGUAUGAACGAGAUAACAAAAAAUAAUGAGAGUCGGGAGAGAAAAUCAUUCACGAUUAUUAUUAUAGAUUAUUAUUAAAUAUAUAUAUAUAUAUAUAUAUAUGGAAAGUGCGCUCCUGAAAAACCGACGAUCGUUCGCACCUUAAAAACACGUCGGGAGUCGUUGUUGUUGCUAAUUUUUCUUUUUCUACAGCAAUGCGAACACACUUUCCGACUAAAACCAUAGCAUACACAAUGACCACAUAUGAAUGAAGUGUCGCGCGAUAUCAUUAAUCGCCCACGAAACUAGCGUUCACGGACUAUUCAUGUAUAUCGUUUGCUUAGGCCGUAAUUAUCGAAAUGAAAAGAAAAAACAAAACAAAAUAUAUUGAAGAUAAUAAAAAAAAAAAUGGAAAAAAAAAGAAAAAUUUUUAAAACAGAGAGAGAAUACGAGAGAAGGUGCGAGAAACCAACAACGUGAGCGUACACACUCGUAUUGACAAGCCACACGCGACGUUGCGUUUUUGUACAUAAAUAUUGCCAUCGUAAUAAUAUUGAUUAAUGUUAUGCGUAAGUAUAAACGAGAGGGUGUAUGGGACGAAUAUUAAGGGGGCGGGAAGGGAGGAGGAGAAAAUAGAAAAUAGCGCGUUUUAAUCGAAAUUUCGUUGAUAUUUCGUUGGCGUUACGAUUCAAUGUGGAUGGCGCGACUCUGCUGAGGCCAAAGUCACCGAGCCCGGGAUCGAGAGCAGUUUUUACUUUUUAUUUAUCUCAAUAAUCGCGAGUUUCGUAGAGUUGAAAAACCUCGGGGACUGGGGAUCGAUUUUUGUGCAAGGCUCAGUGUAAAUUUGGUCUUUAGGUGUGAAGAAAAAGCUCGGAUCGCGUUGAGUUUUUUAGAUGGUGAUAAAAAAAAGGUAAUUUCGUUAAUUCUGAACGUUCCAAGGUUUUGUUGAGCAAAUUCGCCUAAAUAAAAGCAAGAACGCGAAGGAAAAAUCAUUCUCUCACGCUCGGUCAAACUUCCCAUCGGAUAAUCAAACGAUGGUAGGAAACUGGAAGAAACGUUGCGUACAUCGAUGCUCUCGUACGUACGCUCUCAAAAUACUUAAAAGUCUUUCUCUCACUCUCGAUCUGUCUUGACUAUACCGAAUAAUGAGAAAAACAAAAGAAAACUAAAACGAGGAAGAUUCAAAGAUGGAAGAGACGAAUGGCUGUCGUAUAAUUAAACGUAACUCAAACCUAUCUCGUAGUGUUCGUUCCAAAUCUUAAGAGCACCGUCUAUCGUAGAGAAUCCUAGUCCGUAGCAAUCGCAGCGAAAUCUUCCACGAGCUUCAAUCCGCGAGUUUUAAAAAUUCGCAAGAAAUUAUAACCCGAAGAGUUAAUGACGCUAAGGAGAGUCGAAAGCUGGCUCCGUCGACUUGACGAAAAAUAUUUUCGGCCACUAACACCCGCCGCGCCCACACACACACACACACACACGCACACACAACAUUUGCUCAAAUAUAUUUUCACGAAUAAAAUCUUUUCUUACUUUUCCCCUUUCAUUCUCCAAAUAAAUGUUCGUGCGCGCAACUUUUGCUACAGAUAUUUCGUCAAAUCGAUCGUAAAAGCUCGGGAUAACACUCUGUCAGUAAUCGUAUUUGUAUAAACGCUUCGAAAUUAAAUCUCCCUAACUACAACCCAUUUUCCCUCUCCCCCUUUCUCUCUGUUUCCCCAUUUCCCUCCCUCUCUUCUCGGUCUCUCUUUCUCUUAGUCUCUAAUGUAUUGUCUCUCGCGAAUAACACGUAGGCAUCCGUUAGAAUUCGAAAGAAAAAAAAAAACUCAACAAAAGCUGGGGAAAAAAAUUAAAAAACGAAAAAAACAAAAAAAAAACAAGUGCGAAAAAAACCGACCCGAGCUAACCGUAAAGCGCAUCAUUAAAGAGAUUGAAAAUCCGACUAACAGAGAGUAUGACACGAAAUUGAUGACUAAUGGUUCAGUUCCAAUGGGAUGCGUGAAUCGUUUCCAUCGAAGCAAUUCGUUGCCUGAUUACAUACCGGGCGAAUUACGCCGUACUAUUUAAUAGGGCCUAAGUAUCGAUUAAUUCGUAUGCGAGACUCGAGCGAACCGAGUCCAUGGACGAAUCUGACACUUCAUUUAUCCCUCGAAGUAGAUUCUGAAUAAAUUCAAUGAGGGGAUGGUAAUUGGCGGGAUGGAAACCGCGGUAAAACCCUAUUUUCGCAACACCCAGCGCGUUCCUCUCUCUCUCUCUCUUUCUCUGAGUCUGUCUCUGCGUCUCUGUCUAUCUCUUUCGUAAUUUUCUUUUUCCUCGUUCUCUAAGAAGCAUUCGAGUGAGAGACCGUGCGAAUUAUUAGCCGAAUAAACUUUGUUAUCGAAUGCGGGAGAUUAGCCGAGAAGCGUGUGGUUCGUGUUGACGGAAUAGUAACUAUGGCGACGAGUAGAAUUCCGUUUUUCUCGGUGUAUCAUUUUCGCGGUUAAAGUAAAUAAAUUAUAAUAUUAAAUCGAGGAAGCAGCCAAUUUUCGUCGCAACGAAUAAGCGAUUUUAAUAAUCUGCCUGGUCCGUUGGGGCUCCGACGUAAGAGAGCGAGCGAAUGUGAUUGUGUAUUUGUGUGUGCCUGGAUGCAUGUCAGCGCACGUUGCGACGAAAAUGUUUCUCCCUCGUAUUUGUUGAGACAAAAUACACGAAAGAAUAAUUUAUUUAACGAAUAGCUAAUAAACAAAUGGUACCGAGACACCUUGACGUUUUCCAAUCUCAAAUAAGCCUCGUUGUAAUCUGCUGGCAGAAAGAGCUUCACCAAUAAUCUCUUUGUUUUUCUCUUCCGAAACGAGGACUAAUCAUUUUUUUCAAAUUCCCCUCAAAAUACCAAGAUUUUAUGACUAUCAUUUUUCCUCGGCUCCACGAUUCGAUGCAGUCGAUUGACAUGAAUUAAAUUGUAUGUGAACUGUAUUAUUAAGUGUAAAAACAAAGAAGAAAAUAAUGUGGGAAAAGAUUAUAUUGAAAAAAAAAAAAAAAAAAAAAAAAUACAAAAACAAAAACAACCAAAAAGAAAAAAAAAGCGAACACAAUUUAUUAAUAAUUAUAAUAAUAAUAAUAACGAGAGGGAAAAAAAAGUUGAAAGGCAACCGAGAUUAUACGAUUAAUAGUGUGACGACGAGCCAUUAAUGGAUCUUCCAAUGGAACAAUUCGUAAAUGUAAUGACGCCCGAAACGACGUUGUACCGCUAAUUAGUAAUUUUAAGAAAACUACCGAUUGUACUGAAGAAAAAAAAGAAGGAAAACAACAACAUGUGUUAAUAUUAAAUAUGAACAAUGUAAUUCCCUUGUAAUUACACAUAUGAAAUACAGAAACAUAUUACUAAUAUUAAAAGUUAAUAAUAAAAUUGA